UGUGUGUCACCCACCCGUGUCCAAGCAUCCACUGGGGGAGGAGAGCCUCCGUGUCCAUACAGCUAAAGGGCGAAUAAAUAAAGGAAAUAGCGUAAGAAAGGAGAACGGGGAUCCUGUCUCCUCCUCGACUCCUUACACUGCGCACACCUUUUGCGCAUUCGAUGCACAUUUUCCUUUCGCCGCAGAACCAAGGGGUUAAAUAAAAAAAAACUGUUUUUUUUUUUUGUUUAUAAUUGAUGAUUUAUUUCCCCUCCUCUUUUUGAUGACGCCGGAAGAGGAAUCGUCUACAAGUGCCAUCGGAACGUGAUAUCGGAGCUACUACCUAUGGAGUGUUAAGCGGAACGGUUAUUUUGUUUUCGCACAUUUGGGGGCUUAAUAUAAGCUGCGGGGCUUCCAUCGCCGGUGGGCUGUUACGUAACGGAGUGCUUUUUAGCUGUCCGAGGUGCUGAAAAGCGGGCCAGCCGUGAGCAUUUCACGCACGAAGAAGGUCAAAGGCCUGUUUGCUGCAGAGCCACCUGGGCGAUUACAGAUUGAUUGUCUCUCCCACCGAGGGUCCAAAUGUCUGGGCAGACGCUAACGGACCGCAUCGCCGCGGCCCAGUACCAGCUAACGGGCUCAGACAUGGCCCGGGCUGUGUGCAAAGCCACCACUCAUGAAGUGAUGGCGCCUAAGAAGAAGCACCUGGACUACCUGGUGUCGGCCACCAACACUACUAACGUGAACAUCCCCCAAAUGGCCGACACGCUGUUCGAACGGGCCACCAAUGCCAGCUGGGUGGUGGUCUUCAAGGCCCUUGUCACCACCCACCACAUGUGUGUCCAUGGGAAUGAGAGGUUCAUCCAGUACUUGGCUUCCAGAACCUCUCUGUUCAACCUCAGCAACUUCAUCGACAAAACUGGCUCUCAUGGCUACGACAUGUCUACAUUCAUCAGACGGUAUGGACGAUACCUUAAUGAGAAAGCCUUUGCCUACCGCCAGAUGGCAUUUGACUUCACCAGAGUCAAGAAAGGGGCUGAGGGCGUGAUGAGGACUAUGACCACAGAGAAGCUCUUGAAGGGCAUGCCUGUCCUGCAGACUGAGAUCGACACGCUCCUGGAGUUUGACGUCCACCCCAAGGAGCUAAACAACGGGAUCAUCAAUGGUGCUUUCAUGCUUCUCUUCAAGGAUCUGGUCAAACUCUUUGCUUCCUACAACGAUGGCAUCAUCAACCUAUUAGAGAAAUACUUCAAGAUGAAAAAAAGUGACUGUAAGGAGGCGUUGGAGAUCUACAAGAGGUUCCUGACCCGAGUGACAAAAAUUGGCGAAUUCAUGAAGCUGGCGGAGACAGUUGGUGUUGAGAAAAAUGACAUUCCUGACAUCAACUACGCUCCCAGCAGUAUCCUGGAGUCUCUGGAAACACACAUGAAUGGCUUGGAGGAUGUAAAAGGCGGCAAAAAGGGUGAAGGGUCUCCAACAAAGGGGUCUCCCACUAACAAUGUGUCUCCAACUUCCACUCCGGCCAAAUCCUCAAAUGCCGUCCCCACACUGCAGCCUCCGCCUGGGGAGGCCGCUGCUGCUGCUGCUCCGGCGGCACCCGAGCCAGCGGAAGAUUCCUUGUUGGACCUAGAUCCUCUCUCUUCCUCUGGCCCCCCGGCAACAUCGGCCGCCCCCACAUCCUGGGGAGACCUCCUCGGCUCGGAAAUGGGCGACUCCUUGCUAGCCGAGCCCACCCUCGCAGCGGAAGCCGCCCAGUCACCUACGGCGGCGUCUCCCACCCAUGCGGCACCAGAGGCCGGAGUCCCCGUAGCUCCUCCCACUAACACAGCGGCCACCUCUUCCCCUGGCGCCACAAAUAUGGAUCUGUUAGGAGACGCCUUUGCCACACCCGCUGCCGCCCCGGAGACCCCUGCUGCAGCAACGGACGGCGGAACUGCUGCCACUGCAACGUCCACUACCACUGGAGCUGCGGAUUUAUUCAACUCGUCCGCAAUCCCACCCAUCCUUUCCUCCGUGCCCCCACUCAAAACUGACAGUGGAGACAUCAUGAGCCUGUUUUGUGAGUCCACCGGAGGAGGAGACCCGCCUGCACCUGCCGCCCCCGGGGCAGAACUUAUGUCAGCAUUUGAUGGGCUAGGAGAUGUAAUGAAGCCCACCUUGACCCCCCAAGCGGGCGAUGUUGACACCUCCAUGGCUAACAUGGCAAGUAAUCUCACAAUGGGAACCCCAGUGGCCCCUCAGGUAGCUCCUCCCAGUUGGGGUGCCCCAAUGCCAGCACCCAUGGGUGUUCCUCUAUUUAUGGGGAGCUACCCAGGCUACGGCAUGCCUGGGGCACCGGGUGUCGGAGCUCCCAUGAUGCCUAGUAUGGUUAGGCCGGGCUUCCCUUCCACCGGUGCCACUCCUGGCAGCCCGAUGUCUCCUGGAAUAGCCCAGAGCCCUAGAAAGCCUCCUCCACCCAGGAAUGCUCUGGAUGACCUCAACAUCAAGGACUUCAUGUAGGCCCGACAAAGACCUUCAAGGUUGGAUUGUUGUGUCUGGAGCUCUGUGGAUGUCUGCACUUCCCCACUGCCCCCCACCUUAACCAUCAGCCCAACGAUCCUCGCCCACCUCCUGAGGCUGCAACCCCUCAAAAACUCCCUCGCCCUUCAUGAUGUACUGUUGUAGCACAACUGUGAAUGUGAACCAUAGAUUCAGAAAACACUUGUGUGUGUGGGUGUGUGUGUAAAUCAGUGUUAAACUUUACUUAAUAUAUACUAUGAGGGGGAGGGAAACAAAUGUGUAUUUAGAUUCAUUCUGGACUUCUGCAUACAACCUGACUAGGAAUGGUUUCUUUGCGCAUUUGGGGGACAAUGACUGUGUUGUUAAUUAAAUGUGGACUGUGUUUCGAUGUGUGUACCUUCACUGGCCAACAAUACCCCCUACUCUUUUAUCGUCUAACUUUCUUGUCCCAACUAAUACUGAGCUAUCCUUGUUGUCCCAACUAACACUGAGCGAUGUUUGUGUCAUGGUUGUACCUCCAGUAUGUCCGCUUAGCCCUCCAUGCUCUUAAUUGGUAACAAAAAUACAUGCAAAUACGACUUUAUCUACUGUGUUCUUCCUUUUUCUUAGAACUCAAAUCAACAUAUGCAUUUGAGACUAUUUUUAACACUUAGUCUACAUAUUUUAUUUAUUUUGAUGAUGAAAAAAUACCAUAUAUUUUAGUUACAUAUUGAGGGAGAAGCAUGACUUGAAAAUAAAAAAAACUAUCAGUCUGGUACAGUCAGUACAGUAUUGAACAAUAACAUUGUUGUGUGGCGCCCUCUGCUGGUGUGGAUGCAUGGAGACAGGUCCUGCCUUCUUUGGUUUUUGCUCUCCAAACAGGUUUUUUAAGACAUGCUUGCAUCGAUGCAUGCAAUUGGACGCCGUGCAGUACAUUUGUUGACUGGGAAGACUCACUGUAAAGCCCUGAAGUAUACAUAUGCUGGAUGUUCCUCUGUGUUGUUUAUUUCCCCAAAAAGUGACUGCAUCUCAAUCUCAUUGUGGCAUUUAACGUGUUGAAAAGGAAAAUAAAAACGACAAUGACAUUUACAUACAAAAAGAAUGUGGAUAAAUGUUUGCUCAGUAUUUUCUGUGACAGCUGUGUAGUUUUUCUGAGAAUGGCCACCCCACUUCCUUCCUUCCUCCCUCCCUGUUCAACUUGCAUGUGAGUCUCCCAUAUGAGAUGCAAUAAAAUACAAAUACAGUGACACAAA